UCUUCAUUUCCACGUAGUGAAAAAAGAAAAGAAAAAACCUCUGUGUUUUCCUGUCUCUUUGUUUCCAGCUAAAAAAUCGUCGUCCAAGAAGCCGAAUAACUCGGCAGCAAAAAUAAAAUUGUUACAAAAAGAAGAAGAAGAAGGAUAGCUUGAUAGAAAGAAGCUGAAAUAUGGGGUUUUGAAGAAGGGAACAAGUGCCUGAGUCAUUUACAAGGUUCUCUAGAAGGUCAUACUCUAAUGUGUAAGGUAUGGAUACUCGGGACUUUUUCAGUUUCUGAACGAGGUCACAGAUGAUUAGCAGAAUGCAGGACUUGCUUCAAAAAGGCUCUGAUCUUAGUAGCGUCUCAACAGGCCCAUCGAUCAGUGUUAGACCUAGCUGGUGGACUAGCAAAGAACCACAAAUGCAACAAUGGUUGACUUUUCCUGGUCCUCAAAAUCCCGAACAGUUCGGUUUUCAUUUUCAAGAUCAGGAUUCCUCUUCUACUCAGUCGACGGGUCAAUCAUGCCCUGAAGUUGCUACUGAAGGAGAAAGCAAAAUCUAUGGGAAAAGCAACAUGCCUUUUCAAGCAGGCUAUUCUAAAAGUAUUGAAAAGCCUGAUGAAGCUCAAAGUGAAUCAACACUGUCGAGUCACGAGCAUGAUUGCACUUACCAAGGAAACCACAAACAAAUUGCUUAUGCACCUUUUGCGUACUCUGAUCCUUACUGUCAUGGUUUACUUGCUUCUUAUGGACAAUGCUCCUCGGUUUAUCCACAAAUGUUAGGCCCCAUAUCUGCUCGAGUGCCACUUCCUCUUGACUAUCAGCAAGAUGAGCCGAUAUUUGUCAAUGCAAAACAGUACCAGGCUAUUCUCAGGCGGAGAGAGUAUCGUGCAAAGCUGGAGGCUCAGAAUAAACUCUCAAAAGGACGCAAGCCAUAUCUCCAUGAGUCUCGCCAUCGGCAUGCACUGAAUAGGGCUAGAGGACCUGGUGGACGCUUUCUCAAUAUGAAGAAGCUCCUGGAGUCUGGAUCCCCCGAUGUGACCAACGUCCAGGGUACCCCAGUAUCUAAUGCAUUGCAGCUGAACAGACAGAUAAUGGAACCCAAAGUUCAUCAAUCAAAAAACUUUCAGGAGAGCUAUUCUACACCCACUUGUUCUGGUAUCUCCAACGGCUCAAAUUGUGAUGAUAUCGACCAGCAGCAACCGUUGAACUACUCCGCCUUCUCGUGACAUAUUGGUGGGGUCACAGAGUGUGCUGGAGGUGGUACUUGUGGUGAUGUCCGGCCCUACCUCUCAGUUCUCGGCUAGGGAACUGGGAAAGAAAAAUUCACAUCACAAGUCUAUCUUUGGCCUCUGUUGGUGACAGGAUUGCUAGUGAAAGUGGGAAGUCAUCCUUGGCUAUGUUAGCGUUUGUAGUAAACUAUUGCCUACUAUUUAGUCCAUUAGCUUGCAUGGGUAUUUUCUAUGUAUGCUGCUUUAAAUUCCUCAUUUGUGGAAGUUUUAUUACUUGGAUGAUUGCAAAGAAAUAGUGGCUGCGUUUACUCUCU